AUGCUCCUCGACAAGGAAGAGUCACCGAUUGUGGCGUUUUUCUCCUUUGAGACAUUCGAGGCUGGCGAGAAUCAGUCCCCAACAUCUCGUCAAGACUUCCAUGAGCAAACAUUUCAAGCGCAAGUUGCUUGGUGCAUCGUCGCUCAGCUCCUUCGACGGCAAUAUGGGCCCGAGUCUUCACUCGCUGAGACUCUUUUACGGCUUCCUCCAAUGGCAAGAGAGGCUCUUAUUUCAACCUGCUCAGCAAUCGGGGAGUCGAAGUGUCCCUUCACGCCUACUACCCCUGAUGGCAAUGAUCCUGCUUCGCUAUUGUGGGGAUCCGUCACUUCCUGGUAUCAUGAGACCAGAGGUCUCGAUUGGAGCCAUAUAUCAGAGCUUACUACUGUCAUGAGCGCUUGUCUCGAGGAUAUUACGCAAGAUGGCAAAUGUGUUGUGCUGGUUUUCGACGGUCUAGAGCAUCAAGAUCAAAGCGCUUGCGCGAAGCUGGUCACUUGGAUCGACAAGCUUGGCCAUGGAGUCAGAGCCCUCCUUUGUAUUGAUGACACCCGUGAAUUUACCACCGGCGGCCAACCGAGGUGGUCAGAGGUCAUGUUGAAUGCUCCCAUUUGCAUUGAAAGCCUGAAAUUCGAUGGCAUGCAAACAAGGCGAGAUCAAAUCGUAGAUCCGCUGCCUGCCACCAACCAGUGGCUCUCGGAGACUGAAGAGUUCCAACAAUGGGAAUCUUCUGGCAAGGUCUUGUGGAUAACGGGCAGAGCGGGAAGCGGCAAGUCGGUUCUAGCGAAGAACAUCCAGCAACAAUUUCAAAGGAAGGUUUCAAACGGCGAUCCCAGUGACGAUCUCUUCGUUUGUGACUGGUUCUACUCGGCCCGAGGGCCUACCUUUGGCGCAAAAGAUGCUUCAAUGCUUCGCGCCCUGACUCUCAGCAUCCUCAGCUCAGGCAAGAAAACGUUUGAGCCUGCAAGAGCUAUCUAUCGCGCACGAUUUGAUGCUGGGCGGCAGAACGACGACUGGGUGCUGUCGGAGCUGUCAGAUCUUUUCACAGCACUCGCACUCAGUGCUUCAACGCCUCGAACACUCGCAGUGGUAGACGCGUUGGACGAGUCAGAGAGCGUGACGCAAUUAUCAAGUCUGAAGUCGACGCAUGAAAAUUUCGACUUGCUUGAAAUGUUUACCGAAGUUGGCGGUUCUCUGAACAGCCGCGUCCGCUUCGUCUUGCUAAGCAGGCCUGAGUUUGUCAUCUCCAAGACCCUCAGUCACUGCUCACAGAUCAGAAUGGAGCAGUACAAUGACCGGGAUAUUUCUAUCGUGAUUGAGGGCGGUAUCGAGAAACUUCGCGUGGCUUGGCGGGGUGCCUCUGACACCGGUCCGACGAAUUUCUCCAAGGACUCAAACGCAUCAACUAACGCACAUUCCCGUGAGAAUCCGUCCUCCAAUAAUGAUCUCGAGACACAGGAGAAAACGCUGGGCGAGAUACGCGCGCACUUGGAAACUCACGCAAAAGGUGUGAUACUCUGGGUCAUCCGGAUUAUUCAACAACUUUUGCUCAUAAUCGAAAAUGAGAUAGGGUUUUCAACCCAGGAUCUGAUGGACUCACUUAUUGCAUCACCACCAGAGGUUGAAGAACUCUACAUCAAGUUCCUUGAGAGUCUUAGAGGUUCCAGGUCGACCAAAGAACUAGCAAAGACCAAGAGAAUUUUGGAAUGGAUCGUCGGGUCUCAGAGGAGCUGGAGAUGGGAAAACAUGGAGAAUUCAGCCAUGAUUCCUUGGAACCGCACAGGAUGGUAG